AUGGAUCCUCAAAAAGAACUUGCGACUGAUGCAAAGGAUGUUGUUACCAUCACUCCGGCCAGGGAUGAGAUGCUACUUCAGCAAGGUGACCUCAAAUUAGCCGCCGGCUACGAUGAUGACAUUGGUCUUCGCAUUAUCCAUGAGACUGGCAAUGUUAGCAUUGACCCGACUGUCACACGGCGUGCAUUGCGCAAGAUCGACACUUGGGUGCUCCCUCUCCUGGCCCUCACAACAAUGCUCCAAUUCUUGGACAAGUCGACCCUGAGUUACGCGGCUAUCUUUGGACUUAUCGAGGACACUCCAUUCGCUGCCCACCUGCUGCAAAAGUUCGCCGCUGCAAAAUGCCUUGCCGCCAGUGUGUACGUUGUCUCAAUCGAUGCCCUUAUCAACUACAAUCAGCAUAUACUCAUUACCUUGCGGAAUAGGUUUUUCUGGGGAGUUAUUCUCUUUAUGCAUGUGGUAUGCGACAGCUGGGCCAAGCUCAUGGCGGUUCGUUUCUUCCUUGGUAUGGCAGAAUCAAUUGUCACUCCGGCUUUUAUCCUCAUCAGCGGCGCAUGGUAUGCCAGACAAGACCAACCGUUACGCAUGGGCUUCUGGUUCUCCUUUAAUGGCAUUGCUCAGAUCUUGGGAGGUCUGUUGUCGUACGGGUUGGGACACAUACAUGUGGGAAUCGCCUCUUGGAAGUGGAUGUUCCUGGUCACCGGAGCCAUCUCGGUGCUAUGGGCGAUUGUUCUGUGGUUCAUGUUGCCAGACAACCAAGGUACAGCAUGGUUCUUAAAUGACGAGGAGAAGUAUGCCUCGAUCGAGAUGGUUCGUCAGAACCACACGGGCAUCCACAACACCAAAUUCCGCCGCGAGCAGCUUGUCGAAGCUCUAUGCGACCUCAAGACAUGGGCAUUUUUCUGGAUGGCUCUGAUUUGGAAUAUUCCCAACGCCAUGGUUACUUUUGGCAGCCUCGUCAUCAAAAACUUCGGGUACGGCGUGCUUGAGACGACAUUGCUUGGGAUGCCAUCCGGAGCUCUCGAAUUCAUCCUUAUGUUGAUCAUCACCUGGGUAUGUCUCAAGGUCGCUAACACUCGGACAUGGUGCAUGAUCACUGCCCUGACUAUCGCUCUUGUCGGGGCAGUCAUCGUCUUUGCGGCUCCUUACCACAACAAGGCCGCUCUGCUUGGUGGAUUCUAUAUCAUGUUUGCCUUUCCCACAGGUUACAUCUUGCUUUUAUCCAUGAUCUCUGCCAACACUGCCGGGCACACGAAGAAAGUAGUCACAAACUCGCUGGCCAUGAUUGGAUAUAGCACUGGAAACAUCAUUGGACCACAAUUCUUCAAACCAUCCCAGCAACCCCGCUACGGUCUCGGUAUUGGAGCUUGUAUGGUCUCCUUUGCAGUACUGAUCGUCAUGCUCAUCAGCCUCCGUAUUUUUCUGGUAUUUCAGAACAAGCGGCGUGAAAGUACGAGAUUGCAGCUGUCUGAGCAGGCUGAGGAUCAUACAAUGACCGAAUUCGACUUUAAAAAUUUGACGGACAAGCAGAACCCGCUCUUCGUUUAUGCGUACUAG